AUGGAUGUGGAAUGCUGCAACAACGUGUUGGUUGUCGCGGUGACAAAUCACAGUGAUCGUAAUUCCAAGCCACCACAAGAGGCACUGAUGACUGUCGUCAACCCACCUGAAUAUGAAUUCGAUUCAGAUGUUCUAUGCGGUACCUUGAUGGACUUUCAUCGACGUUUGGGACACCUUUGUUUCGACACGAUCGUCAAGGUGGCGAACGAUCCGGCAUCAUGCAUCCGACUGACUGAUUCGACACGUCAAAAGUGUCUGGCCUGUGCCCAGGGAAAACAGACGAAGGGAGCCCAGUCGAAGAGAGAUACAGGCGCGAAUUCGCCAAUCGACGCGAUCGGGGGAGUCAUGUGUUCGAACCUUAAGGGUCCCAUCACCCUUCGAGAUCGUUUGGGAAAUAGGUACAUGGUCAACUUCAUCGACCACCAUUCGAGUUACUGUCGAAUAUUUUUGGCCAAGUCGAAGGACGCAGCCGCGUCAAAGUUCAAGCUCUUCAUGGCAAACUUCGAGCGCGAGUUCAAUUGCAAGGUUCAUGUCUUACGCACCGAUGGAGGUGGCGAAUACAAGACACUCGAUAUUUUCUGCUCUUCGGAAGGCGUCUUGCGUCAAGUAAGCGAGGCGAAAAACCAAGCAAGCAACGGCAAGGCUGAACGGAUGCACCGCACCGUCAUGAACAUGGUGCGUAGUAUGAUCUUUGCAUCAAACCUGCCGCUCUCAUUUUGGGGUGAUGCUGCAGAGUACGCCUCGUGCAUACUGAAUCGAAGCAAAACCAAGUCCAACCCCGGAUGUGCAUCGCCCUUGGAGAUCCUGACAGGCAAGGCUCCCGUGCUGACAGACAUUGUGGCCUUUGGUUCAACAUGCACUGCGCACAGAGACCCGAAGAACAAGUCACUCGGUGAACGAGGAAAGGCGGGCAUCGUCAUUGGGCGAGGCAGCAAAACGAAGGGAUACAAGGUGUAUAUCCCAGUGGAUAAGGUGGUCGUGGUGACUCAACAUGUUCAAAACAUUGAAGCACCACAGGAUGACCAUGAUGAGAGAAAUACCUGUCCAGACACGGCACGACGUCAGGACGAGCCAGGCCCUGAUCAUCAGGCGGAUGAAGAAGAUCGGCAAGAUGGUGUGAAACGUGCGAAGCAGGUCAGAAAAGGUCGAAAGUUGACAUGGACCAGAGAGCGACAUGGGACAAGAUCGACAACGUCAAGUCAACCAAAGAUGGUUGAAGUGGACACCUCGGUGGACGGUUGCGACAUCGUGAACGCGAUCGUCGAGCAAGACCCGAAGCACUAUGGUGAGGCAAUGAAGAGUGGACAACGCGACCAAUGGCAGGUAGCCAUGACCGAAGAAUUGGACGCACUCGAGGCGAACGACGUUUGGAAGAUCGUAGUGCCACAAAGAAAUGCACACGUGUUGCACAACAAGUAG